GGUUCCGGUCCGUUUCCGUAGCAACGAGGUCAGCGUUUCCAAACAGAGCACGAGGCACGAGCUUUCAUCACCGCCGAAGAAAAAAAUGGAGCCAGAAAAAUCCACAGAAAUCACGAGUAACGAUCAUCAAGCAACUAAACCUGCUGCCGUCGGCGCUCACAUCUCUCAGAUCCCUGGACUGUCCUCCUCCAUCACCUCUGACGUCUCAGAGGAGAAGACCAGAGGACGCAGAGUACGAGUCCUGGACACAGACUCGGACUACGUGAAACUGGCCAAACAAGGAGGACACAAAGGACUUUUGUGUCACGAGGAGACGAGUCCGUCUUCAACCGACGAUUACAAACGUCCAGACUGGUUCACGUCUUCACCAGAGGACGACGGCAAGACAAUAAGCAGUGAAAAGAAGAAAAACCCUGGAGCUUUCCAAACACUGGCGCCGCCCUUUGGGACGGACAACAUGUCCACGUGGGAGCGCGAGGAGGACGACAACUGCAGCACUGAGAGGGUUCUGCAGAAUAACAACAACAACAACCUUCACCACAGUCCGACAGAGAAACCACCGUCACUCAGCAAACAACACCACGCAACCGGCCAAUUCAGGAGGAUAGUGUUUGAUAAGAAACCAGCUCCAGUGGACAUGUCCAAGCUGCUGAGCUUUGGUUACGCAGACGACGACAAACCGACAGCCGACAACGAUGCAUCAAAUUAGACGACACGGAAAAAAAACCCAAAGGCAACGGGAUUAUUUGCCUCUGAAAACAGUUCAUUUACUCUUUUUAUGCCACUUUACAUACUUUACUUGGUUUUAAUUAUGUUUAUUUAAUAAAUCAGAUGUUAUAUCUAAAAUGAAUCACAGAAACAAAACUAGCACUUUCAGAAAAAAAUAAAAUAGUUUCCUGUUUGUUUUUUGUUCGUUUGAUGUGGUACAAAAAAAUAGCUAUUUUUAGUAUGAAUUUUU